AUUUGGUUAGUGAGUCCUUUCCUCUGUGUAUUUUUAAUAAAUAAUAUUUAAUUUAAAUAAAUGGAAAGCAAAUUAUCCGUCGAAAUGAAUAUCGCAGUGUUGUUGCAAGCAGCGGAAUAUCUCGAGCGUCGUGAACGAGAACAAGAACACGGUUACGCAAACACUUUCACCGUUCCGAAAGCUGCCACACAUAAAUUGGCUCCACCGCUAUUGCCACCGAUAAAUAGUGCGAAAGGCAUCGUCGGUGGCAGCAACAAUGCCAGCAGCAUAACCACCUCUGUCAUAGUCACCAAUAAUAAUCGACGACAACGUGGCAAAAAAGGGCAAGGAAACCGAUCCACACACAACGAACUCGAGAAAAAUAGACGAGCCCAUUUGCGAAACUGCUUAGAAAGGUUAAAGGAAAUUGUGCCACUGGGAAGUGAUGCAUCCAGACACACGACAUUAGGUUUAUUAACAAAGGCAAAGCGAUUUAUUAAGAAUCUCGAGCGUAAAGAACGCAACCAGACAAUUUACAUAGAACAAUUAAGUAAGAAGCAAAGAUUCCUGAAGUGGCGCGUCGAACAAUUAGUCACCUACAAUGAGGCAAUGUGCAAACGACGAUCCGUUUCCGAAUGCAGUUCCAGCUCCUCGACAAUAUCAAGUACCAAUUCGUUGGAGUGCAUGCGAUCGUUUACAUCAAUUAGUAGUGAGCCUGAUGAAAUCGACGUGAUUGGUUACAGUAGCAAUCAAUCAGACACCGACGAUCAUUUAUCGGAAAAGUCCAUGAAGUCAACCGGCUCCACAGAUAGCGGCGUAAUCAUGUCCGCAUCGCGACUCACAAUUGAUACGGACGACAUGGAAAUAUAGGAUCAGCUUCGACGCAAACGUGCGUCAGAUAUUGAAAAAAUGUGCCUAAUUAAGAAGAAAAAACUUUUCUUGUCACCUGUUGAUUUAGCAUUCGACACAGUUGCGAAAAGCAAAAAGUCUAAAAAAAAUAUCGAAAAUAUGUAAAACAAUAAAGAAGCAGGAAACGGUCAAGUUGAUUAUAAUUGGGUAAAA